AUUAAUAGUAACGCACAGCUACUAGGGGGUGUUCGAAUUCAACCGAAACCAUUCGAAAACUAUCAUCAUGUCCUUCAGUCAACCGCAUAUACAGUCGACCAGUCCUAUGGACACAAAUGGUGUAGUGCGUUGUUCACAUGGUGAAGCUGCAAUAAUAAGGACUAGUCAAACAUCUUCAAAUCCCAAUCGUGAGUUCUACACUUGCUCGAGGUCAAUCCAGAGUGAAAGGUGUAAAUUCUUUUAUUGGGUAGACGACCCUAUCUUUUCCCGACAACCUGUAUCUCACUUUGUACCUGCAACUGCAAUUGCGCCUGCUUCAUCAAGGCCCCCUUCCUCUCCAAAGACAAGAGCAGAAUCAGCUCAAACAUCGAGCACACCUCAUAAAAGUCCCAGGAAGAGGAUAGCAGACAUAGCAGCCGCCUUAAAUGAAUCAGAGCCCCAGGACACUUCAACACAACAUGGUAGCCCCCAGCAAAAUACAACUGCUAUGAAUGACCGAAUGCGCUCAUUUCUUUUUGGCUCCCAAUCCUCUCAGGCCUCGACGGUCGGGGAUUGGGAAGAGACAUCGCUAGAAGAUGAACCAGAACAAAGUAGUCCAAUUAGGGGUGUGGACCAGAGUCUUGGAAAUAUAGACCAUAGGACACCAAAGAAACCCAGAAUUACAUCCGCUGAGCAGCGAUCGGGUGUCCAAAUUCCUUUCCCACUAACUCCACCUCAGACCAUACGCCGCCGCUUCGAUAAUUCUGACCAGGGCAUACCCCAAACAGAUUUCCCACAAACUCCGACCAGGAACAAAGGCAAGGAGCGGGAAAAUAGUGGCGGGGAGCAAACGGUUGGUCUGUAUUCGGCUGUUGCAGAGAUAUUGAUUGGAAUCUUCCUAGACUUCAAGUCCGAAUGCUCGCAUCCCUGGUCCUUUUGAGAACGGAAGCAGCACCCUCCAACGUGACGUCCCCGCACAUACAUCUAAACCCCUCGAACGCACCUCUUCCAACCCUUUUAUU